CUAUCAUUUCCAUUUUCUCACACGUAACGUUCCAUCCGCAUUCUGCAAUAGUUUCCUCUCUCUCCCUUCAAAGCCCUAAUUUUACUCUAAGUGCCCCGUUUUGCAUGAAUCAGACGUAUAGUUCAUUGAGUCUUGAAUUAGACGUAAAGAUGGAAGAUUAGCGUUUAAUUUAAGCUCAUGAGGAAGCUUUGAUGUCAUUUAAUGGUUGAAUUUCGAAGAUGUCAGUCGCGGAGCUGAAAGAGCGGCACAUGGCUGCUACAGUGUCUGUCAAUGCUCUCAGAGAACGCUUGAAGCAGAAGCGUCUUGAGCUUCUGGACACCGAUGUAGCUGGGUAUGCGAGGUCCCAAGGGAAGGUUCCUGUUAGCUUUAGCCCGACGGAUCUGGUUUGUUGCAGGACUUUGCAGGGGCACACCGGGAAGGUAGUGUUCACGGUGGAUUAA